GUGUCAACAGCUCCGCGUCUGCACAGUAGGAGAGACACCGCCCAUGCGGACUGUCCUGGAAUAGAAAGAGAACAGCAAACCCCGGUGUUUCUUAGCUAUCUUUUUAAUAUCCGUAUUCAGCCGAAUAGCCUGGACAUUUUCUUGUUUGAAUAACGUCGAUCGUAUAAAUCUUUGAUCAUGGUUAAUAUGAAGUUAAGUUUACGCUGUCAGAUUGGACUGGAGUUCUUUGAGUUUUUGAAUGAGACUGAUCGGGCAUCCAUCACAGACAGACUUGAACUAAGAGACAUUUACAACGAUGAGUUCAGGCUCAGGAAUCCAGGGACCAAAGAUCCAAACUUCGGUUCAGUCCUCUAUGCCCUGAAGAUGUCCAACAAAAUAACGAGACGGAGAGACAUUAUUCGCUUCAACCCCACGGUCAAAGCUCAUUAUCAGGACCAGUGGCAUUCACACAGGGGCCGUCAGCCAGAGCCUUCCCCGAGUGGAGCUGCCAGUCCCGGGACAGUACAGACCUUCAUGUCUGGAAAUGGCGCUGUGACGGGUGUUCGAGCCCGGAGGCAGCUGGCCGGGCUUCUGAUGACCAAACUGAAGACAGACAGGGCUCAGUUCAUCUCUGACAAAAAUGGUAUCCGCAUCAUCUCUGACUAUGAGUUUGAGAAUGGGAAACUUUGCUUGCGUGUGGAUGAAUGUGAGUGCGUGGUGAAACUGAAAGUGGAAAACACUGGAACAGCCCCUGUGUAUUUCACCCACUACACCCCACUGCACUGGCUCAAGAACUUCAUUCUGAUGGAUGAGCACAAAGUGACCAAGACAAACCCUCUUUGUCUACAACCAGGUGACAGCUAUGGCAUCCAGGUCCGCUUUCACUGCACUUCGGUUGGUUUUUAUCCAGCUACACUGGCCUUUGAGUUUAAACCAGACCUGGAGACCUCCACUGUGUUCCACAUUGUGCGUUUUCUUGAGGCUCAUUAUAUUACUGCCUUAGGACGGGAGCUAGCACCUAUAGCGCCCUACAAACCUCGCUCCCUCCCUGCCUGGACCCCUGAGGUUGAUUACACAGUUGUGGAUGGACAGCGACCUGAAGGGCUGUCAGUGAUGCGGCUACAACAUGUGGUUGAGCUGAAACAAUAUAAACUGCCAGCACAUUUGAACCAGCUCAUACAGUCACUGAAGCAGUCGUUCUUCUCCGAUACAAGAAGGGUCUUGCUGGAAAGUCCCUUGAGCUGGGAGAACUACUCCGAGAAGUUCCACCUGUUGCUGUAUCUGGAGGAGCAACAGAUGGUGGUGGACAUCAAGAGAUACAACAUCCCCAACAAAGAAAGCAAAGAGGCCAAAAUGUACAGAGACCUGCGCAACAAGAAACUUCUUGUUCUGAAGGUACCUGGUGUGUCUGAGAACCGCCCGUCUGUGCUACGAGGGGAUGCGCUGCUAGUGUAUCCCGUAGGAGAAGAUAAAGGGGUGAAGUACCGCGGCUACGUCCACAGUGUGGAGCUGGACCAGGUCAAACUCGGCUUCGACUCAGCAUUACUGGAUCGCUUUGUAGAUGGCAUGGAAUUCAAUGUUGAGUUCACUGUCAACCGUGUGACUUUGCGUCUUCAGCACAGAGCAGCAGAGCUGGCAGUGAAGUACAGACUGGGAAAGGUGUUGUUCCCUGCUGCUCCUGCCUUCCCCUCUCAGCAAACUGAGCUUCCCAAACUCAGGCUGUUUGACUCAAAGCUGGAGGAAAACCCUGAGCAGUAUCGGGCUGUACAACACAUUGUAGCUGGCUCCUCCAAACCUGCCCCUUACCUGGUGUUUGGCCCACCUGGAACAGGCAAAACUGUGACUCUUGUGGAGGCCAUCAAGCAGAUAGAAAAGAACGAGCCUUCCUGCCACAUCCUGGCCUGCGCUCCCUCCAACAGCGCUGCUGAUCUGCUCUGCAAGAAGAUUCUGGAACAUGUGGAGGAGCGUAAAGUGUACCGCAUGUAUGCCAGCAGCCGGGACCCAAAAUUUGUCCCUGACGAACUAAUGGCAUGCUCUAACUUGGUAGGACAGUGUUACAUUUAUCCCGCCAAAGAGGAGCUGAUGAAGUAUAACAUCAUGGUCACCACUUUGUUAACCGCUGGAAGACUGGUCACAGGAGACAUCCCUGAAGAUCAUUUCACUCACGUGUUUGUGGACGAGGCGGGACAUGCCGUGGAGACUGAAUGUUUAGUCCCAUUGGCAGGGCUGCUCAAGGCAGAAUCCGGUCAGGUUGUUCUGGCUGGAGACCCCAAGCAGCUUGGACCAAUUCUCAGAUCCCCUUUUGCGCUAAAAUAUGGAAUGGGAGUGUCCCUCUUAGAGCGCAUGAUGAAUGAUUUCCCUAUCUACCUGAAGAACGAGGGCGUGUUCAACAAUCGCUUUGUCACCAAACUGCUGCACAACUACAGGUCCCACCCUGCCAUUCUGAAGAUUCCCAACGAGCUCUUCUAUGACGGAGAGCUGCAGGUUAGCGCGAAUGAAAUGUUACGCAACUCCUACUGCAGAUGGGAAUACCUCCCAAAGAAGGACUUCCCGGUGAUCUUCCAUGGCGUGACUGGUAUUGAUGAGCGUGAGGCCAGCAGUCCUUCAUUCUUUAACGUAGCAGAGGUGGAGGUGCUGAUGGACUACGUGAAGAAACUGCUGGAGACACAAAGCAGGAAGGGCCUGGCUACCAUUUCACCCAGAGACAUAGGAAUCAUCGCCCCCUACAGGAAACAGGUGCAGAAAAUCCGUAAGGCUCUGGAAAAAGUUGGGAAAGACCUUAAAUUUAAGGACAUGGAGAAGCUCAAGGUUGGUUCGGUGGAGGAGUUCCAGGGUCAAGAGAGGAGAGUGAUCAUGGUGUCUACGGUUCGGAGCAGCCCCAAUUACGUAGAGAUAGACAAACAGUUCAACCUCGGCUUUGUCAAGAAUGAGAAGAGAUUCAACGUGGCUGUGACUCGAGCUAAAGCCCUGCUGAUUGUGGUGGGAAACCCCAGGGUGCUGAACACAGAUACUACCUGGGCCCGCUUCAUCCAGUACUGUCAAGAUGAAGGAGGCUACACCGGCUUUACUCCAGCAGAGGAAGAGGAGGACAUUGUGGAGAGACUGUCUGUUCUCUACCUCAGCAUUGAGGCUACAGUGGAGACCGCCGAGAGUGUUGUUCAGCAGCAUCUGGACCCCGAGUGGAGGAACGACCUGUGAGGGAAAGGAAAUUUCCAUCCCUUGAAGGGAUUCAUUUUGCUUUCAGACUGGAAUAUUUCUUCACCAGAUGCUUCAAAACGAAAUAUUCAUAACAAUUUUUUACAUUUGUACUUUAUGGCUGCCAUUUACAAGACAAGAAUAACAUCGACAAUAUCUCUUUAAUGUCAGCUAUAUGAACUUUACCAAAGACCACGAAGGACAGGGAGCUGAUUCAUGUUUAGAGCAGUUUGUCUUCGCUCCCUCAGUGGAUAGCAUCAAAACCUCUUUUAAAUAUUCCUUUUACACAGUUAAAACCACAGCCAAUCAUCAGACCUAAAUCUUCAAUUUUAAGUUAAUUUAUAUUGUUAUUUAAAAUUAAUUUUACCAACCAAAACUGUCAGUCUCAGGUUUGUUAUUUAAUUGACAGUUUUACUUUCAACCGACUGUACGGCAGGGUCCAUACAUGUAUGAAAUGUCCAAUCUAUUUUUAAGUCACUGUGAUUGAAUACAGAUAUAUUUUUAUUGAUAUUAACCUAAUAAAAAAAUGUCUAUGGUCUAUUUUGAACUAUUUGCUAUUUUAAAAUAUAAAGUAAAUGUUAAAACUACAAAUUUCAUCCAAACUAGAGCUAGAAAUUGUUUGUAUCAUUUGGGAUUUUUAUUUUUUUUGAAAUGGCAAUUUGUAGUUUAAAAGUUUGUUUUUCAUGCCAUAUUGAAAUCAAUGUAAUCUAACUGCAGCCUGAAACACUGGGGAAAGUACAAAUCCAAGACACAAUGGUAAUUGUACAGUAGGAAAUGACAGUAAUUACAUGUGAUUUGUAUAAAUUAAUUUAAUAUUG